AUGUCCUACAGCUAUCCCGCCAAAGUCAACGUGCCUCCGGGCUUGAGGACGCUUUUGGAAGGCCUCAGUCGGGCAGUAGUGAAAAGGCGUCCAGAUUACAUCUCACAGUUUGCUCAGUUGUACUUUGCUGAGCUCUUGCGCUUCAGGACAGUUCAGAAUGAAAGUGCCACAGCAGUCUCUUCUGGUGGUCCAUAUGUCCAACCAUGUGGAGCUUACCCUCCGGUCGGGAUUUUCCCAACCCUUCCCAGUAUUCCAGGAGUGGAGGAGCAGGGUGCUGAGCAGCCCUGGAUCCACAGCCAGGACAUUCUGUACACCGUCUCAACAUUGCCUGGUCUAUCAGACUCCAAUGAAGCUUCAGAAGUAACCUCCCUAGCAAGCCAAUACCUCAAUGACAAUGGCCUUCAGAGCCUUCUGCAGACAGUUAUCUCUAACGUCUCCCCUCACCCCAUCUCAGCAGAGCAGACCGAUGAUGUAGUUGUCUUCCGCAGGAAAUCCAGCACCGACUGCAUGACGGCUGACUGUGACAUCAACUCUGCUGCUUCAGACCGGACCCGGCGAACCGAGUCAGCUCUCUUCGAGAGGAUCCCACUGAGUGAGAUCGAUCUCAUAUCCAAUGCUGUUCUGAUCAGGACACCUUAUGUGCCCUGUGAGUACAUGAUUGUGGUGCAGUCAGACAACGUCCCGGAGACCAUAGUGUUUCAGAGAGACUCAUCAGUCAGUAAGAAAAUGAGGAAUGCUCGAGCAGCAGCUGGUGGUGCUGCCACUGGUGCACCGGGCAACGCCCAGUCUGACUGCACACCCUGUUUGACCCUGCCUACAGCCCCAUCACAAAUGGUCAAAGAUCAGCCAGCCACCAAAUUGGUCACGCCCUUAGUGGUGACUGAGGACCCUCAGCUUUUUGAUUCACAAAGGCCAUGUGACACAGCGCCUACUGCGGCCAUGCCAGAGUUCCAGUAUGUUAGACCUGAAGCAUGUGGUAGCAGCUGGAGACUCUGCCACCUGGCACGCCCUGAGUUUAUGGCCGGGAUGCCAACAGCUGUGGCUUGCCCAGGAGGAUCUAGGACUGUGAUUGGCCAUGGGCAAGAGCAAGGCUACCUCCCUGACCAGGCCAACUUGCCAAUGCACCAGGACUUUGGGCCCCGGUUCAGCUCCCAUCACAUACAUAUGUGUGGUGCCAACUUGUUUCAAACCCUCUGCCCCAUGAGUGGUGCCUACAUGCCAGUCAAACCCCCAGACCAUCGCUGCUGCCAGGCUGCCCCUGAUGUGGUCCUUCCACACUAUGCACUGAUCAACAGCCCAACUCACGGUGUUGCUUCUUAUCUUUGCCCUACUCCAUCAUCCAUGCAGCCCCAGGGUUUUGCCUAUGAUUCUGUCCACAUGUAUGGUCCCCACAGUGAAACUGUAAAUGCAAUGUCAUCCACCUUCAAUCCGCAGGAUGCCGACAAAAGAGAGAUCCCUGGGAUCAGGAGCGGACCGGUCACCUCUGCUGAAGCGCGGGAACCUGACGAGCUGCCUGACGUGCCAGAGCCUGUGUGGCUGGACGCUAUGGAGGAAUACUCUGCCUACAGCACACACUACUGCUCUCGGGUGCAGGGCAGCGAGGAGGACGAGGAAGGAGUCAUGAGUGUGGGAGAGCUGACAGAAUCACUACAGUCAGCUGAAGCUUGUCACCAGAAGCUGGAGAAGGAGGUUAGAGCAUUCCUCUCCUUGGUGAAGGAAGAUGGACUUCCAGAGAAGCUACCGCCCAUGAUGCUGCAGAAGAUGAGGGAGGUGUGUGAGCUGUCCAGUGAAACUUGCUCGAAUCUCAACCACUGCCUCAGCCUCUUCUCCAGACAGGAUGGGGUGCGCAGUCUGAAAUUGGAGCAGGAGGUUGAGAAGAAUAAUAUCCUGUCUGAAGAGCUUCAGACUCUGGCUACAGAGCAGCACAAACUAGAGCAGUCCGUUGUCAAGGGCUCCUCUCCACGGAGCGCGCUCAGUGAUGAUGAUUUCUACGAUGCUGUGUCUGAUUCGGACUCGGAGCACUCUCUGAGCGUCUUUGAGGCGGUGGCCAGUCAUUCGUUUGACAAGGACGAGGAGAAAGGCUCUGUCCUGUUCAGCAGCAAGCGCAGCAGCCCAACCAGCAUGUCUCUGGAGAAUCACCAUGGCAAUGAGGAGGAGUCCCAACCCAAUGGGAUUGUGAGGCACAGAACAAGUUUACCAGCAUCCAUGUUCUCCAGAAAUGACUUCAGCAUCUGGAGUAUCCUGAGGAAAUGCAUUGGCAUGGAGCUGUCUAAAAUUACCAUGCCAGUGAUUUUUAAUGAGCCCCUGAGCUUCCUUCAGCGUCUGACAGAGUACAUGGAGCACACGUACCUCAUCCACCAGGCCAACGCCUCCUCUGACUCCAUAGAGAGGAUGAAGUGUGUGGCAGCGUUUGCUGUGUCUGCUGUGGCUUCGCAGUGGGAGAGAACUGGGAAACCUUUCAACCCGCUACUAGGAGAGACCUACGAACUGGUCAGAGAGGACCUGGGGUUCAGAUUGAUCUCAGAGCAGGUGAGCCACCAUCCACCAGUCAGUGCGUUCCACGCCGAAGGCCUGAAGAAAGACUUUGUGUUCCAUGGCUCCAUCUACCCCAAACUCAAGUUCUGGGGCAAGAGCGUGGAGGCUGAACCCAAAGGCAUCAUCACACUGGAGCUUCCCAAGUACAAUGAGGCCUACACAUGGACAAACCCUACAUGUUGUGUCCACAACAUCAUCGUGGGGCAGCUGUGGAUUGAGCAGUAUGGCAACGUGGAGGUGCUCAACCACAAAACUGGAGAAAGAUGCUGUUUGAAUUUCAAACCCUGUGGCCUUUUUGGCAAGGAAUUGCACAAAGUUGAAGGCUACAUUCUGGACAAAAGCAAAAAGAAGGUCUGUUCUCUCUACGGAAAGUGGACAGAGUGUAUGUACAUUGUGGAUUAUGCUGCAUUGGAGGCACAUAAGAGAAGUGGGAAGGGGACAGCGGAAAAGAAAAGCAGCAAACCGGGCUCUCGUGAGGAAGUGGAGGAGAUCCCCCUACCAGAGGCUGACACAGUCGAGGUCAUCCCAGGCAGCUAUCUCCUUUGGAGGAUAGCCCCCAGACCAGUCAACUCUACAGAGAUGUACAGCUUCACGUCGUUUGCCAUGCAACUGAACGAGCUGGAUAAAGAUAUGGAUGGGCUCAUCCCAAAGACAGACUGCAGGCUUAGGCCAGACAUACGAGCCAUGGAGAAUGGAGAUAUUGAUCUUGCAAGUGAGGAGAAGAAGAGACUAGAAGAGAAACAGAGAGCUGCAUGUAAAACCCAUUCCAAAUCUGAUGACGAGUGGAAAACAAAAAACCCUUCCCUCGGCCCCAGGUGGUUUCAACAGGGCCAGAAUCCCCACAAUGGCUCCCAGGACUGGUUGUUCUCCACUGGGUACUGGAACCGCAACUAUCCCCUGUUACCUGAUAUUUACUGAUGGACAUUAAUUCCUUGAAUAGUGAGAUUGAUUCUUAUCCACGUCAACUUCCUUAUCUAUCAUGAAUACAUUAAAGCCUUAA